ACCUUCAUCAUUGUCCCUGCCAGCAAUUCCAGUCUGUGCAUCCUGAAUGACCAGCUGUUUGUGAGGGACGCCAACCCCAAGGAGACUCACAGUGGGCUCUUCAUCCCAGUUCCCACACCCGCCUCCAGCUCUGUGCCCACCCUCUCCCAGGAGCAACAGGAAAUGGUGCAGGCUUUCUCCACCCAGUCUGGCAUGAACCUGCAGUGGUCUCAGAAGUGCCUUCAUGAUAGCCACUGGGACUACACCAAAGCCGCACAGGUUCUCGCUCUGCUCAAGGCCCAGUGCAAGAUCCCAGAGGAGGCCCUCACACAGACUGAUCCAGGAUCCUGAGAGCACAGCCCUGACAAGAAGCCCUUGGGUGUUAUCAUCUUCAUCCUCAUCACUUUGGUUGUGUUUUUCCUUUACUAUGAGUAUAUCCCUGGGACUGAGCUUGGAGAUCUGCUUGGGGCUGGGAAGCCAAUGUUUAAUGGACACUCAUUCACCCAAAGGGGCAGUUGUUCUGUGUAUUUUUCGUACCCAGGAUCCCUGAUUCCUCUGAUAAUAAAGAACAAUGUUGCAUGUUGUGUAAA